AUGGAGUUGGCAGCGGACCUGGCGGAACUCCAGGCCGAGGCCAGCUGCCCUGUCUGUCACGAGUACUUCACAAACCCAGUGACCAUCACGUGUGGGCAUAACUUCUGUCUGUCCUGCAUCAGAGCCUCCUGGGAGGGCCUACAGGGCAGUUUUCCCUGCCCUUCGUGCCACUUUCACUGUCCAGAAAAGGACUUCUCAAGUAAUCACCAACUGGCGAACCUGACCGAAGCUGCCAAGCUCCUCCCCAUAAGGAGAAGCAAGAGGAAAAGGCGGGAGGGCGGCCAGAAGGAGCUAGAAGCUCUCUGUCUGCAGUGCAGCCUCCCCAGCACGCGCACGCAGCACCCUGGCGGGCUCCUGGCGAGGGCCGCGCUCUGUGGGCCGAAGCAGUUCCAGCGGUACGUGGAGCUAUGGGGGGAGAAAGUGGAGCCCGUGGAAAAGGCGAUCACCAUGCAGAAGAGAAAGUCGCUGGAGCUCAAGAAGAUGGUAGAACGUAAAAGAGGAGAAAUGGAGUCUGAAUUUGACCAACUUCGGCUGUUUCUCCAAAACGAGCACAAAAGGUUCCUUAGGCAACUGGAAGAUGAAGGGGAAGCCAAUUCAGCAAAAUUAAACAGAAACUUAACAACGGUUUCCGAUCACGCGUCGGCAUUGGAGGCCCUGCUGAGGGAGGUGCAGGGCAGGAGUGAUAAGCCGGAACGCGAGCUACUAGACCACGUCAAGACUCUGUACCACAGGUUUGAAAGCUUAAAAUGCCCAGAAACCUUUUCAUUCAAAAUCACAGAUUAUGGUCAUCAGCUUCUUCCACAGUUUUCUGGCCUGAACAUAAUUAUCCAGCAAUUUAAAGUAGACGUGACGCUGGAUCCUAAAACAGCACACCAUAAACUUACCAUCUCGGAAGACAGAAAGACUGUGCGAUAUGGAAAGAUGCGAAAAGUGUCUCAUAGCCCCAGAAGAUUCUAUUCCUCCCCAGCUGUCCUGGGUUCCCAGGGGUACCACUCUGGCAGGCAGUACUGGGAGGUCGAUGUGAGCAGCAAGCCCGCGUGGAUCCUGGGGGUCUGCGUAGAGACUUUUCCCAGGAGGAGUCAUGUCCGACACAGGCAAGAUGAAAUAUGGGGGGUUGGGCGGUAUAGUCAGACUGUGUAUGCUGCAUUGGGCCCUAAGAAAAUGAAUAUUCUGCCCAAAGUGACACCCAGUAAGAUUGGCAUUUUUUUAGACUCUGAAAUUGGUGAGGUGUCCUUUUACAAUUUGAAUGAUCAGUCUCUUCUCUGUACGUUCAAUGAUUGUAGGAAAGGCGCGCUUUGGCCUUAUUUCAACACCAGCGCUAACCCUAAGCCUCUGAGGAUCUGCACAGUAACAUCCUGA